CUAGUAGCCAGACUCUCGCUCCUAGCUUCGGAAGAGAAAGGAGAAGGAGCUCUCAUUUCCCAUUCUGUGAGCAGAGAUGGCUUCGGAUCCCAAAAUUUAUGUGUUUGAGGAUGUAUCGAAGCACAAUCAAAUCAAGGAUUGCUGGCUUAUAAUCCACGGAAAGGUUUAUGAUGUGACUCCAUUUAUGGAGGAUCAUCCAGGAGGUGCUGAGGUCUUGCUAGCAGCAACUGGAAAAGAUGCAAAAAGCGAUUUUGAAGAUGUGGGCCACAGCGAAUCUGCAAAAGAAAUGAUGGAUACAUACUACAUUGGUGAAAUCGAUGUCUCAACUAUCCAGGCAAAACGUAACUACCUUCCUCCUGGGACAGCAGCCUACAAUCCUGAUAAAAGUGGCAAGAUGGUGAUAAAGAUUUUACAGUUCCUAGUGCCCCUUAUGAUUUUGGGCCUGGCCUUAACUGUUAGACACUAUACGAAAGUAGACUAGACGAAUCAACAGGAACUGAUUUUGUUUCCUGUACUUACAACUAUGAUAUAGUGGUGGUGCAUGUGUCGGGAAGAAUUUCAGCUCACCUUCUGGUUUUUUAAAGUUCAUUGCAAUUAGAAUUUCUUACUCCAAAGUUCCAUACUCA